AUGGUAUCGCAAAUGGAAGUUGAGCCCUCCAAUUCUCUUGCGCGGAGGGGGCCCUCUUCCGUCGCAAGUUCAUCGAGGCACAGGAGGGGUAGCAGACAACAUAGGAGCACUGGGUACAUAUCGAACGAGUUCCCCGAGUUCUCGCAUACGGGCGAUGUGGAGAUCUUGGUUAGGGCUGGGUCAAGGACGAACCGGUAUCUCCUACAUCGAUUAAUACUUACGCAAUGCUCCGGAUUCUUCGAGGCGAGCACAAGUCAAGAGUGGUCGCGGGCGAGUAAUGAGGGUGGAGGAGAGUUGGCGAGGAUAGGAGAGGAUUCUGGGAGUGAGGUGGGUAGGAAUAGGGACGUGAAGAAGAGAUGGAGGUAUGAGCUGGAUACUGGCACCAACCGCGACGAUAUACCCAUGCUGGUGCAAAAGGAGAACAAAGCUGUAUCCGUCUUCGGCGCGAACGACGCUCUUCCUCCACCCGUGAGGAACAAACCUCCCUCUUCGAACCCCUCUUUCUUCCGCUCAGUCGCAAACCUCAGUCUGGCCUCCUCACACACACCCCAAGCUCCUCCCAUAAGUCAAGAAGAUCUAGAUCUACUCAAUGACUACGACAAUCUCUUCCGAAUAUUCUACAACUACCCCCCAGCACUCGACUCGAUCGAUAUAGCAACCGCUUAUAUACAAUGCAAAUCCCUCCUCACGCUCGCAGAUCUCUACGACGCCCUAGCUGUGGUAGGCCCUCGAAUUGACCAUCACCUUCUCCAAUUCCAAUCCCGCCUCUGGAAACAAAUCGCCAAAUACCCUACCUCGUACCUCAAACUCGGUUACCUGGCACAGUCGAAGAGUGUCUUUCAAGAAGCGCUCAUACAUGUGAUAGGAGCAUGGCCACAAGGGGAGCGGCACAUUAGGCGGGAACUGCCUGAUUCCGUGUUAGAAAUAAUUGAGGACAAGGUCGAGGAUAUGGCGGACAUGGUUGGGAAAAUUGAAGGGCGGCUUUUCAGAUUAAAUCUCACAACAUCGAGAGGCGAGCGAGUAACACCACAGAACUCGUACCUGGAUUGGCUCGUUGUGUCACUAUUCAGGCAGUGGCUUGCGGAUUCUACCUCCCCCCCUCCGCCUCUACCUCCAACUUCUGCUCGCGGACCACCUUCUCGGAAUGGUGGAGGCACCCAUGGAUCUCGUAGCUCUCACUCGCAUUCCCAAGCUGCUCUUACUGUUGCACCACCUCCGAACUACGAAGCCUCUCCACCUACAGGCCGUACUUUCCGCACCCUAGGCUCUUUCCCCGCCAAUUAUUUGAGCCAUGAUGAGUGUAAACGCUUCUUAAAGCUGACUCCCGAAUUAUAUUCCCGCGAUGCCCUCAAACGCUUCGAGAAGCGGAUGGAGGAGCUGCGAGGGCUAGCGAGGGAGGUAGUGAAGCCCCUAAUGGGAUGUUGUUUACUGGGUAGCGCCGAGGGCGUAGCGUAUUUGACGUGUACAAGGGUGGAGGAGAGAGAUUUCCCUUGGUUAGGGGAGUGA